CUAUUGCACAACCCUCAAGAACAGCAUUUUCCGAUUGUCAUCUUCAUGGCCUCUCAGGCAGACCUGUACGAGACACUAGAUCUUGAGCCUGUCAAACGGGAAAUCCGUGUGCUCAGCCUCGGACCUGGGACUAACGACGACCCUUUAGAACUCGACCUGUCACGAAUUUCGCUCGAUGAUAACCCUCAUUACACCGUUUUAUCCUACUGCUGGGGGUCUCAAGAUGAUCUACAGCAGGUCAGGAUCGGCGACACGCCAUUUCUCGUUUCCCGCCACCUCCAUAGCUGUCUCAUGAACCUUCGCCGAGAAGAUUCUCCGCUCACGAUCUGGAUCGAUGCGAUUUGCAUCAAUCAGAAUUCGAACCAGGAGAAGAACACCCAGGUCCCACUCAUGAGAGACAUUUACAAAGGCGCCACUGAGCUUUUCGUUUGGCUUGGCGAGUCGACGCCGGGGCUGGAUCGCAUUUUCAACUCAAUCCAGAGGGUCUUUGAGCACAACAUCGAAAUCGAGCCGAAGGGCAUCUCACAGGUAGCCGAAGAGCUUCUGCAAGCUUCUCCAGAAGAAACCGAACAGGCCUUCGUCGAGUUCGUCAACCGGCCCUGGUUUCGCCGCACAUGGAUCAUCCAAGAACUCGCACUGCCCCGACAGGACCCCAUCUUCAUUUGCGGAAAGCAUCGCACUCUUUGGACACACCUCAAGCGCUGGUGGGGCAUCGCGGAAUCCCUCAACCAAGCCGUCAAACAACACAGUACCCUGACUCUUCCCGUCUGGAAGAAUCUGCACCACCUGCUCAACUUCCGCGCACUCGAUAGGCUUGUUCUGCUACGGCAGCUGUUCGUCACCCCUAACAUAUCUAACAAUGGCCUUCGCCUUUCUGCUUUGAUCUUCAUGAGCGAAGAAUCUCUGGCGACUAACCCUAGAGACAAGAUAUAUGGUGUCAUGGGUCUGGCCAAUGCCAACGUCAACGAGAAGAUCGUGGUCGAUUAUGACAAGCCAGUCGAGGAUAUUUACGAAGAAGCCUCCAGAUAUCUGGUAUUUGAAGAAGGAACCCUCAGCCUUCUGUCAAACCAGACCGUCAACAUGACGCGAAACUCGACUGAUGCAGGAUCCGAGGCAUACCAUGAGUUUACUCUGAGUUGGGGUGCAAACGUCAAUUCAUCUUGGAUACGCGAUUUCGGACACAUUCGCGCUCCCACACACAGACCAGACCCCUUGGUUAGGGACUUGGAUUCACGCUGCUUGAAAUACAACGCGUCACUGAACACGCGCUCAACGCCACAUCCUGAGCAAAAAAAGAAAGUGCUUUCCAUACUGGGAACGAAAGUUGACAUAGUCGACGAUCACGUAAGGGCGUGGUACGAAUACCAAGGCAAGAUCCAGUGGUUCACGAACAUAAAAGGAGCUAUGGGCGUCUUCUUGCGCGCAGGCCAUCCGAUUCCGGGGAUCGAUGGAGACGGUCUUGAGGGCGGAUCUUCCAAAAUUACCGAGAUAGCAGUCGAUCCUGAAGGUAAGGAAGCAUGUCUUGUAUACAACCCAAAAGGCGGGCCGACAAAACCACUGAAGGAAGCCAUCUGGAGAACAUUUGUCGGCGACAAGAGUUCGGAUUCUUUGGACCCCGCCCCGGGCUACUACGAAUUCUUCCUCGAAGGGCUUCUGGAUGUGGAGAGCGGGAACCCGGACCCGAAGCUAUCGAUACCAGACAACGCCUUCCCCCCUGGCAUGUCCGAGUUUGAGCAUCAUUGGACCCAUUUCAUGGAAAGGGUGCAUUCGAUGAUGUUUCGUCGAGCCGCGUUUUCCACCAAGCAAGGUUGGAUUGGAUUUGGGCCUGAUACAAUGCGCAAGGGAGACGUCAUAGUUGUGCUCUCGGGAGGAGACGUGCCCUUUGUGUUGCGGCCAAUGCAGGACAGUUACAUUCUGAUUGGGGAGUGUUAUGUCGAAGGCAUCAUGUACGGAGAGAUGAUCAAGGCCCAAAUGGAGACACGCUCGGGCGGCGAGCAACAGGGUAUCAAGGGUGAAGUUUUCCACAUUCGUUGAAUUUAGCUGCCAUUGAGGAGUUAUGCGGUAAACUCUUAACAGUGUCAGGACUGCAAAGGAAGCAAGUAGCAAUAAGACCAGGCAUGUACCACCACGGCGCUGGUUCAAAGCCGACGAAACCACCACAACAGCGUCGUAGCCGAAAGAUUCGCCAAGAGCAUGGAUACUUUUGGGUACAUAGAGUCCCGUAAGACACAUGUGGAACUCGCAUGGUGUUUUCGCAAACUGACACAGGUAUCCUCAUUACAACCAGUCCCAUGAAAUAU